CUGAGAAAGUUAGAGAGAGAGAGAGACAGAGAGAGAGAGUGAGAUGAGGGAAGAGGUUAUCAGCUCCGGAGGCACCAUUGAUCCUACCCCUGCUGCCAGUUCUGCUGGGGCAUCUUCCCCAGCUGUUCCAAUUAAUGUUGGCAGCAUAGAUGGGUCGAGUCAUGGACAAGGCUCUAAAGCGGCUUCUCUCUCAUGUGUUGGUUCACAACCACCAUGGACUUCCUUGAGCACAAGUGCUGGUGGUUCUACUUUUGGUUCAUCAAGAUCCUCUUGUAGACCUUGGGAAAGGGGAGAUUUAUUAAGGCGUUUGGCUACAUUUAUUCCUUCAAAUUGGCUUGGGAAGCCUCAGAUCAUCAGUUCAUUGGCUUGUGCUCGGAAAGGUUGGAUGAAUAUUGGUUUAGACAAAAUCGCGUGCGAGUCAUGUGGUGCAUGCCUGAGUUUUACAUCAUCGUCAUCUUGGACAUCAGCUGAAGCUCAAAAUGCCAGCGAAUCCUUUGCCAGGCAGCUGGAUUCAGGGCAUAAAGUUAAUUGUCCUUGGAAAGGAAACAGCUGCCCUGAAAGCCUUGUGCAAUUCCCUCCAACUCCUCAAUCUGCCUUAGUUGGGGGCUACAAGGAUAGAUGUGAUGGACUCGUACAAUUUCACUAUCUUCCUGUUGUAGCAGUCUCUGCAAUUGAGUUGAUGCGUGUUUCUCGGGGCCCACAGAUUGAGCGCUUUCUGUCACAAUCUCAGAAUUUUAUGUCAGGAGAAGUAGUUAAACCAGAGAUUAUAUCAGAGCUUGAAAGCUCUCAAGAUGAAGCAUACCGCAUAUUUUCUCGGGCACAGAAGCUUAUAAGCCUUUGUGGAUGGGAACCAAGAUGGCUUUUAAAUAUUCAAGAUUGUGAGGAACACUCUGCUCAAUCUGAAAGAAAUGGAUAUUCUUUCGGCCCUAGCAAGACUCAACACCAUCUUACUCAAGAUCCAGGGCAAAAAGCAGUUUCUGCUUCUACUAAAAUGGAUGCCAGAAAGGCAAAGGCAGCUCUUAUGGAGUCUAAACUUGACUGUAGGUUGCCUUUGCUUGAUUGUAGCUUAUGUGGUGCUACAGUUAGAAUUUCCGAUUUUUUGACUGUUCCUCGUCCUACUCGUUUUACUCCUAACAGUAUAGAUAUUCCUGAUACUAGUAAAAAGAUAGGGUUGACUCGUGGAGUGAGUGCAGCUAGUGGAAUCAGUGGUUGGAUCGCAGCUGACGAUACAGAGAAAGAUCAGACUGAAGACCGUGAUGAAGUUGCAACAAAUGAAGGGAAAUUGUUGGCGAACACAGAUUUAGAUUUAAAUCUUACUAUGGCUGGGGGUUUUCCUUUUACUCCUUUGGGCAGGACAGCAACGUCUGAAAACACUCAUGAUGAGGAUAUGGGAAGGGAUUUAAUGAUCGGUCAGCCUUCAGGGAGUGAGAUUGGUGAUCGUGCAGCUUCACAUGAAUCACGAGGACCAAGCUCUCGUAAGAGAAAUCUUGAACUAGGUGGAAGCUCAGAUGACAGGCCAAUUCUUAGAUUGCAGCAGCAGGCUGAUAGUGUUGAAGGAACUGUCAUUGAUCGUGAUGGUGAUGAAGUUACAGAUGGAGGACAAUAUUCAGCUGGUCCGUCAAAACGUGCUCGUGACUCUGAUAUUUUUGACACAUAUUGUUCAGCCCAUCACAGAGAUUCAUCUGGUGCUGGUCCUAGCCAUUCAAUGGGCUUUGAGGCUUAUGCUGCUGGUAAUCGAGUUUCUUCAUUCCAUCAAGGGAGUGACCGCAUUAUAGGAAUCCAAUCAGCUAGGGAUUCAACUCGUGCAUCAUCUGUCAUAGCAAUGGACACAUUAUGCCAUAGUGUGAAUGAUGAUUCUAUGGAAAGUGUUGAAAACUACCCAGGAGACCUUGAUGAUGUUCAUUUCCCCUCCUCUAGCACCUAUGGUAAUGUGGACAUGAAUGAAACAUCUGAACUGAAUAACAGCAAUCAAGCUCAGCAAAGCACUUGUUUACAAACAGCUACUGAAGUUGUCCCUGGUGAAGUGGGUGUCAGUAGUACAAACUAUGGGGAAGAACUUUUCAAUGCAGAAACUGUGACUGCUCAGGCUCGAGAUGGAAUUAGUUUUGGCAUUAGUGGAGGGAGUGUUGGAAUGUGUGCUAGUCAUGAAGCUGAAAUCCAUGGGGCAGAUAUAUCUGAACACAGAGCUGAUAGUGUUGUUGGUGAAAUGGAACUCAGAGUAGAAGAUGCUGAAAAUCAGGGACAGACUGGUGAAUCUGUUCCGGAUCCAGGUCUAAUGGAUGAGAUUAUCCCCGAUGAUAUAAACAGAGAAGAUCCGGUUGGUGAUAGCCAGGAGAUGAUGUCUCAUUCUGCUGGAAGGACAGACAGUGGGUCUAAAAUUGGCUGUUCUACGAAGGCAGAAUCUGUUGAAAGUGGGGAAAAGAUUGGUCAAAACUGCAAUCUUCCACCUGCUAACAGUCGUCGGCCAUCUCGUUCUUUGAAUGCGAAUAUGUAUUCUGGUUGUGAAAAUACUAAGGAAGGGAUCAUGAAGGAUGGUAAAUCAUCAUUCACCAACAAUUGCGCUCCCUUUGAAUCAGAUUUUGCCAUUGCCAAUGGGAUAGGCCCUCCAAAAGGAGAAAGUAAUUAUGAAGAAGCUGUAGAAUUUGAUCCUAUUGUUUAUCACAACCAAUAUUGCCCUUGGGUAAACGGUAAUGUUGCUGCUGCUGGCUGUGCUAGUUCUCUUCCAAGCACUAGCAGCGAUGCAAUUGCACUUUGUGGUUGGCAGCUGACUUUAGAUGCUUUGGAUGCUUUGCGAUCCCUAGGGCACAAUGCAAUUCCAACAGUUCAGUCUGAGUCUGCUGCAUCUUUGUACAAGCAGAAUGAUCAGCAAGCAUCUGGUCAAAAACUCCUACGCAACCACUCUAUGAGCAGAAGUCAUGGUCAACUCUGAGAUUUUGUCUCGAGUAUUGGGUGUUUCCAUUUCCUUGACUCUAGGCAUAUUUAUCGAAACUACAAAUGGUAUUCUAGGCAUAUUUUUAAAGUUUCUAGUUAGAGUUCAGUGAGGUUGCAGCAGGCAUGCUCCUCCCUCUGCACAUUCAAAUGCUAUAAGUGAAACCAAUUGUUCGGCGGAACAUUGAUAUCUCUUGCAUUAAUCUGUUUGACCAAUUAAUGAUGUAGAAGACCAAUUUUUUUUUACAGAACUAUUUGCUUCAAAGACUUGUAGUUUGAACAUUAAAUUGUAAAUACUGGAAAUGCCAUUUCUUUUAUAAUAGAAUUGCGUU